AGCUUUGGCUCUGAACCGGCUUUCGUUUCCCGGUUACAACAGUUUCGCCUGUGGACCGACCGUUGAACAAUGCCGCGCCGCCCGCGUCGUCCGCGUCCUGCCGCCCGUGCUGCAGCCCUUGCGGCGCUGGCGGGUGCGGGCACCGCGUUCGCUCCACAGCUGCCACAGAGAGCACCUGGAGGGCGGAAUUGGAGCAAGAAGAUGGUGGGGCCCAUCAGUCAGGCAGCCUACGCGACGAUCGUGUCAAGACCGGUUCCCACCGCCUUGGGCGCUGGCUUGGUGGCUGCUUUGCUCCAGGCAAUGGUGUCAGCGGUGGUAGAGCCCAUCGGCAAUCGGGUUUUGGUCUUGAGGGUCAAGGUGAUCCAGGCCAUCAAGGAGUCACAGCCCUCGGCCAUGCUGAGAUUCUUCAAGACGACCCUGGUGACUAACUUGCUGCAGCUGCCGCUCUUCGAAGCAGUCCUGGCCUUGGCCUCGGCCUUUCCAGUGCCGGCCACGCUGCAAGGGACCUUCACCGGCUUCGUUUUUGCCACGGUCACAUUGCCCAUCAUGAACAUCAGAUACCGCAAGUCGAUGCAACUGCCAGUGCACCUUAGCAAUAUCUACGAGGCUUACAUUCCAACUGUUGGCCGAGAUAUGCUUUAUGGUGCUGUUCGAAGAUAUGCAACGGCCUAUUUGGUCGGCUUGGGUGGCGCCAGCGUGUGCGCCACAUCACCAGAAGUGUUGCUGCUGGCAGUGGUGGCAGCCCGGGUGGCCUCAACGCCAUUCAACGAGUGGCGCGGCUAUUUGCUGCAGACCAAGCAAAGCCGGCUCACCAUCCAGGAGUUCUUCAAGCUCAGCAACUUUGCGCGCUCGACCAUUGUUGGCAUAUUGCAAGGAUUGACGCUGGCAAUGGGAUACGCUGUGGGCCGGGCCUUCUUCUAGCGGCAGUCGAACUAGGUAGAUCAUUUGGCUUUACUUUCCAAGUGAGUCACCCAUACAAAAAAAUGUUUUUUUCUCAGAAGGUGGCAUUGAGGCCAUUUGCAUGCGCACUGCCAGAAGGCCCUUGCCUGAAGCUAGGCCUGGUUUCAAGAGGCCAGCCCUGCUAUGAACCUUGAGGAUCCCAAUCUAGCUUGGGAGCUCAUGGUAUCGAAUUUGGAUCUUGGAAAACAUGGAGCUGC